AUGCGCGACCGCCUUGGCUCAAGCCUCAGCACUUUCACCAUGUUACCGCGCCUGUGUGGCUUCUUUUUAACACUGGCACACUUCUCGCACGCCCGAGACGUGUGCCCCUCCGACACAGCGUUCCCUUCGAAAUCUUUGCUGCAAAAGUCGUGGUACCCCCUCCGACACAGCUCUCUCGCAUCCGGUGCAGUCGACGUCGAGAGCAAGCGGGGCGAGCACACUUUGGACGCUCAGAUUUGCAGGGUGGCAUUGUGCCGGGAUGAGUAUUACGUGGACUGCCCCGCUUCUUGGGCAACUCGGCUCUGGAAACGCGGAGGUCAACAGAGGCUUUCUCGCGAUUGUUUGGCUCAUGAGGUAUAUGCGGUGCGGGCCACUGACCCCAACGGUUUCCGAGUCAUCAGCCUGGACAGAGAAGUGGGACAGCAUGUCGAGUCAAUCCAAGUCUCUGAAGGCUGUGCGAGGGUGAUCGUUGUGGAUGAGGAGAAUCCGGACGAUCAGACGACUUGCAACCACCCAGGCUGCCCUGAGCUGCCGAAUGACUUCUCGGAGGACGUCGGUGGCCUUCAGCUCUUUAACGCCCAAGGCUCACCUCUCUGGUCCGGCGAGCAGCCGAGCUGCAAAGCGGAGCUGAGCCUGAUCACUACUUGGGAUGGGAAGGAGAUGCAAUGUUCCCUUGAGACCAAGUCCGUCUUCGGCAGGACCUGGACCGCAAGAGACAUGAGAUGGGCUUGUGGCGUCACUUAUGCCCAAGAUGAGCUGCACUACGAGCUCACAAAAGUAGCGCUGAGUUCGGGCUGCGAUUCUGCUGUGAUUAAGGGCAUCUCGGGCAAGACGAGGUACGUGCCAAGAAUUCGGCAGAAUAAUCAGCACGAUGAUUUCUACGAUGCGCAUUACUUCACCCUCAUGGAUAAUGCGGAUGAGGUCACAGAGUAUGCGACUGACUUUUCCCUUUACGCCCAUGAUGGAGGCUUGCGACCGAUCCAGAGCAUUUGCCCCGCAGGGUAUUUGGUGAUCCCUGGGCAGGGCACCAUCAUUGAUACGAAGGAGGCUUUUGAGGCUUACGCGGCCUGUGACGGGUUGGAUGCAUGCUGUGGUCUGACAGAGGGCGAGGGCUUGCAAUAUACCAGCUCUGUGCGGAAAUUGGAUAUGGUGCAGUGCGAUGUGAAGCCCGUGGAUGGCAAAUACUUCAGCACCUGCAUCAAGAGUGCAAAGGCUGAGGUGGUCAAGCAGAAGGUUGCACUGCGGAGCGUGAACGAUCCGUUUGCAAAGCUUGUCUUUGGGCGAGGAAUGGUGCAAGCCAAGAAACAUCAGCUGCUACAACUACUCCUGGCCAGCCAAGACUCGCAACUCUCCUCAUCAGCGAUUUACAACUUCAUGACAGUCCUGGAAGGCUACAUUGGCUUGGAAUGCGGGGGCCUCAGCCGAAAGGGUUGUAAAAGGUUUCUUUCUGUGGGACGUGCUGCGGACAUGCUUGCGCUCAUCGCAAGUGCUUGCAACAGAUUGUCCAUGCGGUGGCUUUUGCGGCUGGAAGCAUGCAGUGUUUUCGGGAAGUUCUUCCUCCCUAAAAACGCGGCGUUUGCAAGCAUCGAGCCCGAGGACCUUCUCGGCGCAGCCUCCAAGUUCGAGGACGAGAUCUUGUCAAGGAUCACGGCUGAGAUCGGCCUUUUGGUGCAAGCAGCCAUGGCUGUGGAGUUUGGGGCCGGAGGUUCUCACGAGACCAAGUGGGGCAGAGAACUCGCCGACAACUUCCGGCACUCCGGCUGUGAUCAGGCCAAGCACGUUGUUGGCUUGCCGCCGCUGCGCUCGCCCGGAACGUGUGAAAACCUCAGGCGCUUUGAUUUUUACACGGAACAUUACAGGCAGCUGCCCGCCAACCUAAAGAUGUACCUGAAACAGUUUGCCGUGGUUCUUGCUGGGACACUCUACAAGGAUUUUGCAGAAGAUGCUUAUGAUGACGACCGCUAUGACAUCUUGACCGAUUGCUUUGUCAGCGAGAAGGUUGCCACCGACAAUCGCUUCGAACAGUCCAAUCAGCUGAGGGAGCGGAUGCUGGCAAACCCGGCGGAAAAGAGGUGGCUUUAUCGGCGAGUCCUCACUACGUAUCAUGACACCACUCUGUGGCACGACUUUGUUGAAGGUCUUGAUGUCCAGAAAGUGGGCGACUUCACCACCACCUUCAUCUUGAGGGCUCACCUCAUCACGCGCUUCCUGUACGGCGAGAUUGAGACCAAAAUUCCUGAAGCGCUGGGACAGCUCUACAACCUGCACUCCUUGCUGGCCGUCUUCUUGGAAGGAGUACCGGCAUCUGUCACAGCGACAAUUGGUGGUGAGAACCGGGUGGUUGCGCUUGAAGACAUCAUUGCCUUCAUAUCUUUCUUGAGCAGCGCUCAGAAUGCUGUACAUAUGCCCGUGGAAACACUCUUCGCUUCCGACGAGUACACGAAGAAUGUCGAGGCUCUCGAGACGGUCGCUUCUGCCGUGCUGUUGCAAGACAAUGCGACACCCGAUGCCAGAGAAGCGGCAACUCGGGAUUUGAGCGUGAAGGCUGCGGUAAUCAGGAAGCUUCUCCUCGACACCGUGUUGUGCCAGGACGUGGAAGGCUGCAGCAUGACCUAUGCACCCGAGACCGUGAAGCUGGAUUAUGGGAUCCCUCCUGAUGGUUCCGUCUGGUCCAAGGCAGGCGAUCAUACUGCCUGCAGGGGUAAGGACUACGAUGAUGAUAGCAGCAACCACUUCGUACCACACGAGAAUGUGGCCUUCCCCAAGGCAUGCAUGGAUCUUUGCACGCAGGAGGGGGGGUGCCAAGGCAUCCAGUAUAGUUACCUCAGCAGGCAAUGCCAGCUGUGGACCCGGCCGGCGGGCAUUGAGCACUUCGUGGGUGAGGCAGGUUCCGUUUGCUACGUCUUGGCUGCCAAGGGUGUCGUGCCAGUGAAGAUCGGCUCGCCCGGCCUGGACGUCUCCAAGAAGUGUGUGGACAUGGACCAGCCUGUCACAUGCUCCAAGGAUGCUGCUGCAAGGGGACGGCGGCUCUCAGGCAACAAGCGCCCAGAGAGCUUCACCAUCGCUGUGACCGACGCUGUAACGGUGUGCGCUGAGCGCAUAGACGCAGGCCUGAUGAAUCCUUUCGUUGGUUGGGCUUGGGAUCUGGAAAUCGCGUGCACGACUCACCCAGACAGCAUCACAGUGGUCCUCGGGAAAAGUGGCUGGGGGCAGGCCUGUAUAAGCACCCGCACGCCGGUGGAGUGUUCCGCCGUGUCCGCGGAUUACGGGGCCCGCCUCGGUGAUGAUGACUUGGAAACACUCAUGUUCCACGUGACCUCAGAAGCCGAAGGCUUGGGAAGCCGAGUUUGUGCCAAGCGCCUGGACAAGAAAGGCGAAGGCUGGACCUUGGAUUUGAAGAUCAGAUGCCGGCCGCUAGCAGUGCGCUCUGCUCCCAUUCAGAACGCGCUCCACCAGUCACUUGAGGAGUUUCUGUACAAUCUCGACUCGUUGAACCAGUCAAACUUUGAUUUCGCUCUGCCGGCGCAAGCACUCACCCGAAAGGUCUGUGAUAGUCAGAAGCAAGUCAACAACCAGGACUUCCAAGAGGAGUACACAGACGUUUCCUCAGUGCGAUGGUGUCAAGAGCUUUGCCGACAGAGUGUGGCGUGCCUCUCGCUCCAGUACGAUGAGACGACCAAGCGCUGCGAGUUGACCUGCUCGCCGGAGUCGGAGGGCUCCUGGUUGCAGACGAGCCAGAGCCGGAGGAGCUUGGAUCUCGCGGAUACUGCCCUGAAGUUGGCAGGUCUGCAGAACUACCUGACAAAGAGCGUGGCUUGCGAGGGCAAGGCCCAAGCGAUGUGCAACUUCGAGAAAUGGAUGGCGGGCACUUCCUUCAUUCAGACUUUUGUGGAUGUUGCGCCUGUCUUGGAGAGCGCUGUGGAUGCUGCAAGGGCCAAAGCCUGGUACCCCGUCGGAAAACAGAUCGCCUUCGGGGCGAAGCAUCUCUUUGCCGGGGCCGUUCGGCUUGUUUGCAAGAUUGGCAACGGAAUCAGGAGCAUCAAGCUUCUCUCAGCUCUGGAGAGAUUCGGAGAAAAGGUAGUACGAGACGUGAACGCCUACGACGAUCUGGCCCUGGCCGUUUGGGCCGACGAAGCCGCGGACGCACUCAUCGCCGGGGCCAAGGCUUUCUACAACAGCGGUUCCAAGGCAGCUGGGCCUGCCCUGGAGAAAGCGGGUGACUCGCUGAAAGCCUCGGGCGCCAAGUUCGUGGGUGAGGUGAGAAGCUGGUUCGACGUCUCAGAAACCGCGGCCGACAGGGUUGCCAAGAAUGUGGCUAAAAUGUCGAAGUUUGCCAAGGUGGCCCAGGUAGCGCUCUUCCCGCUGAGUGUCAUCGGAGUGGUCAGCGACUUUCACUCGAUGGUUCAGGCUUUUCGAAACGGAGAGGUGGGGAUGGCAGUCUUCAACAUGAUCAAUGUCAUCGGUGGUGUCAUCAGCGCAGCUGUUGGGCUUGCCACCAUCGCAGUGUCCUAUUUCGGCACCGCCAUGGCUGUCUGCACCAUUCUUGCAGGGCCCAUUGGCACAGCCGUUGGCAUUGUCUUUGGGGCCAUUGCAGUGAUUGGAAGCAUCAUCGUCUCCAUCAUCACCGCACCUCCUGACAGCGACGAGCUCGGAGAGGAGUUCUGCUGCAUGGCCAUUCGGGCCUUCACCGAUGUACUCAAACAUGAAAGCAUGCCCAAUUUCGGGAGUCCGUUUGCUCCUUUGGAGACUUCAGUUGUUUCGGACGUCUUUGGGGCAAAGAACUUCCAGGAGUUUGCCGGAAAGACAUGGGAAGACUGCGAUGACUACGCAAAAGCCGGGCUCCUCCAGAAGCCACAGAACACGAAGACGACUAAUACUACACUUGCUACACUUGCAAGAGAAAAAGCACCCUGGAGCGGCGGCAAAAGCCGCCCUUGGAGCGUCACGCCAGGGCUCAGGCAUUGCCUUCCCGGCCCAGGGCUUUGCGCUCUCGUCCGGGACGCCUACGGCUUCCUUCAGCCCCUGGGGCGCUUCCAGAGCCUCAGGGCUUUGUCGGACGCAGCAGCACAUGGAGCCCCGCCGAGCUUCCAAGAUGGCAUUGGCACACCGAUAAGAGAGCCCAUCCUAGAAGCAAGUCUUGUACGGGCGAUGGCCGACUUGGAUCACACGAAGCCAGGGAUUCCUCAGGUCAUAGUAUCCUGGAAGAAGCCUCCUCUCAGGCGGCCAGCUGUACUGCAGGAGGAUCUGCUCAGGCUUCAAAGGAUGACGGAUGUCAAGAAGUUGGCGCCGGCGCAGAGCUCUCGCUCCAACUCUUCGAGCGAUCAGCUGCUGAAAGACUUGGAAGACCUGAUACGGAAUGCCAAGGGCCUCUUCGAGUGUCUCGAGGGGCUCCCGAAGAAGUAUCAUCUCAUCGAGUUUAUGAAACGGGUUCUGGAGCCCAAGAUGCCCGAGGCAAUCUUCUCCUCCUAUGUGGAGGUUCCGGUACACAGCAUCGAGAAGUGGCUAAGGGAGCUCACCGCCAAGUAUGAGACGAACAGUUUCCAGAUGAGCGUCCACAUCGGCACCCAUGAAACUGUAAUGUCUGGCCAUGGGCUUCACCGCGCCGUUCCGGUUGAAAUUGGCCCUAGCAAGGCAGGCUCGGCAGAAGUGUGCGUUCGAGCAUCGGCCGCAAAGGUGCAAUGCGACCCACACGGAGGAAGCUGGCCAGGCAGCUACACCGUCACCGUCUCGGAUGGUAACUUGGUGUGUGUGCGCAGGAUUGAUGCGGAUGGUUGGAGCUCGGCCUUGAGAAUGACUUGCGCAGCGUCAGAAACCGAGGAAGCAAAAUGUGUGAAGGCACGCGCAAACAGACUGCAGUGUGAUGCGGAUGCUGGCAAUCUCAACAAGCGCUUGCAGCCCCUCAACCUAAAGGUCGGGCACACCUACGCCUUCUACAACUCCCCUCAGCGGCGUUUCUUGCGCAUGUCUGAAUGGGAUGUGGACAGCAGCGGCGAGAUGGACGAGAACGCCCUGCCAACGUGGUGGACCUGGGAACAGUUCUUGGUGGUGGAUGCUGGCGAUGGACGCGUGGCCCUUCACAACUCUGCAUGGAAUGCAUUUUUGCAGGUCACCGACCAGCACGAUGUGAGGAAAACCUGGCAGAUGAAUGCCAAUGAGCUGCCUGCAGAUUGGAUGUGGGAACGCUUUGAUGUGGUCGAUGCUGGUGAUGGCAAGCUGGCCUUCAGAAGCCAUCUGUUUGGCCGCUACCUGCGAGUCAACGGUUGGACGGUAGAUGCCACCGCAGAACCUGUGGGUGAUUUGGAGAUGUUCACCCCCGUGGAUUUGACUAACACUCCGUCCCUCGUGUUCGGCCAGACUUAUGCUUUUCACAAUCCCACGCACAAUCGCUUCCUGCGCAUGACCAGUAGCGAUGUGGAUAGCAGCGAGACGUGCAAUGCAAAAGACCUCCCCGCUUCCUGGAUGUGGGAAAGGUUCCUGGUGGUGGAUGCAGGCCAUGGCCAGGUCGCUCUGCAGAACCCUGCCCAUCGGUCUUUUGUCCUGGUUGGGGAUCGAAAUGAUGUAACGAAGAGUGUGCCGCGAGACUCCAGUGAGCUCGCAGAUUGGGAACUGCGGGACCGCUUCCAAAUCGUCUUUGCUGGAAAGGGCCAGGUUGCCCUGAGAAGUGUGUUUUCCGGCCAUUUUCUAAGCAUGGAAGACCGUGACGUGAAUGCUCACCCAGCACACGUUGGACUCUGGGAGUCCUUCACGCUGGUGGCUGUGCCAGGUCCACUGCAGGUCGGGCACACCUACGCCUUCUACAACUCCCCUCAGCGGCGUUUCUUGCGCAUGUCUGAAUGGGAUGUGGACAGCAGCGGCGAGAUGGACGAGAACGCCUUGCCAACGUGGUGGACCUGGGAACAGUUCUUGGUGGUGGAUGCUGGCGAUGGACGCGUGGCCCUUCACAACUCUGCAUGGAAUGCAUUUGUGCAGGUCACCGACCAGCACGAUGUGAGGAAAACCUGGCAGAUGAAUGCCAAUGAGCUGCCUGCAGAUUGGAUGUGGGAACGCUUUGAUGUGGUCGAUGCUGGUGAUGGCAAGCUGGCCUUCAGAAGCCAUCUGUUUGGCCGCUACCUGCGAGUCAACGGUUGGACGGUAGAUGCCACCGCAGAACCUGUGGGCACAUGGUCGUCAAAGGCGGGAGCCUGGAAUGCUUUCGUGCCAGUGGACAUGACCCCAAUGUCAGCAUUGGCUGUCGAAAAAACACUUGUAAACUCUGCGAUCGUUGGCAGUCACUUUUUGGUUCCGCAUUCUGCCACCUAUGCUACAUCCCUCACAGAGAACGGCCACUCCCAACGCGACAGACCAAGCGAUGUUGGUGCAACCUUCGACAUCACAGUCAGGAAUGGCAACGAAGUCUGUGCACGUCGCACAGAUCACGUGGUGGACUGGAGCAUCGACUUGACUGUUUCGUGCCAGGACAAGUCACAACACCAAGUGGUGGUCAUCAGCACGAGUGCAGAGAAGAAGCGGUGCGUGAAGGUACAUGCAAGUAGAGACCUCACCUGCCUUCCGGAUGCCGGCAACUAUCCCUUCCGGAAGAAUUCUGAUGGCCAUGUGGACCCUCCAGAGACUGAGUUUGAGAUCACGGUGGAGAAGAUGGCUGGGGAUGGGACCUACGUGUGUUCGAAGCGACUGGAUGCCGACUCGGGCUGGGCGAUGCACUUGGCAGUGGGUUGUUUCGCUGGCACCCUGGUGGAGGACAUCUCCAGCCUUUCAGAUGGAAGUUGGAAGAUGCUGAUCAUCGAUGAGGCCAUGGCCGAGCUGCACAACCUCUUCCGUACGCCUGGCUUCGAGCCCAUGCGCUGCGCCAUGGAGAAUGUCGUUGAUCCUGUAGUUGAGAAGGCAAAGGCCCUGAUCCAGGAUACGUUCAAAUGGCUGGACCAGCUGGUGCUUGAUCUCAUCCAGGAGUCGGCUGCCUUUCUAGGAGGCUCCGCGAGAUUGCUGCUGGAGCUGCUAGGCUUGGCCAGUCCCGUUGAAGCCUUGACGGACAUAAUGAACGGGAAGGCCGCUGAGGUCUGCGACGUCACCCUGAAGGAGACUUCUGAGCGCAUGUACCAAGGUCUACCGGUGCCGCUCUCAACACAGACGCAGAUGCUCAUGGACCUGCUCCCAGAGGUGGCCGUUAGUAUCAUGAGAAGCUUUGCCAGCACUUUGCUUGACUUUUUGUCCGACACCUUCAUCCAGCAGCCCGCAAACUUCAUCAUCAACCAGGUUCAGAGUGCACUCCGCAUGGGAAUGGAAUAUCUUACCGGUCUGUGUGGCCUCGUCCCAGAGGUUGGUGGGAUCAUUUGCAUGGUCUUCACCGGUGCCUUGACGGCCGGCGAGGAAUGGCUUGGGGGGCCUUUGGCAUCCUUCCUCACAAACCUCAUGAAGGACAUUUCUGCGAAAAUCCUGGAUGCGAUUGCCUGGUUUACCAACUUAGUUGCGGAAGACCUCCAGAACGCUGUCAACAGCAUCCCAACACUGAUCAGUGAGCUUCUUGCCAGCUUCGCUGGGGAGCAUCAAUGGCUCAACGUCAUCUUGCAGGGCCCCAUCAUGGAGCCUCUUGUGAAGGCCCUGACCGGCAUUAUGCACUUCUUCAGCUCUUUGGUCGCUGGGAUGUUCCCAGGACUGCAGGAGAAGUUUGACGCCUGCAAGGCCCGCGUGGAGAAGCUGGUGAUCCACUGGCCCAGUCGAAACCAGGCAUUGCUGUCUUACACGGCUGAUGAAAGCCGUCAGAGCAGCAAUCAGCUGAAAGCCAGACAGCUGCUGCAGACGGACCUUGCAAGCGUUGCGACCACGGUGAGGGUGCUUCCUCGUGCAGAGAACCGUCGCGAAGCCACUGUCGGUGGAUCUUGCCGGCCCCACACGGGGGAACUUAUUUGCCUGCACGUCCGCAAUUCCUAUGGCUUUCGGCAGCCUCUUCUGGUGCAACCAUCCAUCAAGGCCAUCCGUGAACGUGCCUUGUUGCUGUGGCAGCAGGAGGAUUGUGUACAGCUCAAGGUUAACGGCACCAACAUCACCGAGGCCAACAUGGAGUCGCUCGGAAAAGUAGUGGUGUACUUUGAGCACCGGGACGGAACACCGAUGACACAGGCCGAGCACUUUGCCCUGCACGCCGCCCUGGAUGCACAACUGACAAACCAGACCACCGGGCCAAACCACGUGCCGGAUGUGUAUCUUGGCUGGUUGCGGCUCGGCAGCCGUGUCAAGCGCCACUUCAUGAAGUACCUCCAGAAGAGACAGCCCACCGAAGGCAUGUCCUUGGCCCAGUUUGACUUCUUCGCAGGGCUCGUCGACUGGGUGGGUGACGGCAUUGAGACCAUUGGCACCUGGGCAAUUGACACCACUGCGGAUGUUCUAGACUUUUUCGGUGCGGAAGCAGAAGCAGAUUGGCUUCGGGACUUGGCAGACCUGCCGCCACUCUUGAACCAGCUCAUCGACAAAGUCGUUCCCUUCGUAGACUGUCUUGAGUCGCUGCCCGAACCCAUUCAAUUUCAACAGCUUGUCCGCCUCGCUCUCAACUUGGAGGAGCUGCCCCAAACCAUGUAUCAACAUGUUAUUCAAAGACCUCUGGAUUCCAUGAUGACCUGGGCUGACACGCUUCUUGGCAGUUUGCUCCGAAACGAGCAGUUGGUAGACGUCCGGAUUGGCCCCUCCGGGUCAAGCAAGAAAUGCAUAGACGGCCGUGGGCAUCACCUCAUUUGCGCAGCGGAUGCAGCCAAUGAGCACAAGCGGCUGCAGGGUGGCAAGGGGGCCUCCUUCGAGGUCAGGGUGGAAGGUGACAGAACGGUGUGUGUGCAGCGCAAAGAUGUGGAUGCUGGCUGGGCCAUGGACCUUGGCAUUGCCUGUAAAGACACAUCCCUGCACCAUGUCGUCUACCUGGGCGCGUCAGACUGGAAUGAGAAAUGCGUCCAUGUCUAUGCUCGGGGACUCUACUGCCCAGCGGAUGCUGCAGACCGAUCCAUUCGGAUCAACUCGGAUCAAUGGGAUGCCACGGAUGAAUUCCAUGUGUGGACUGAGGGGGACUUCAUCUGCGUCAAACGCACUGAUGCGGACGCUGGAUGGAGCAUGAACUUGGCAGUUGAGUGCUAUGCAGACUACUUCACCGAAGACCUCGCCGCACUCGCAAGCGGAAAGUGGAAGCUGCCCAUGCUCAACAAAGUUUGGGACCAAAUUCACCAGCUCACGCUUCUUCCUGGCAUGGAGAUGGGUCGCUGUGGCUUUGAACAUUUCCUGCUCCCUUUGAAAGGCGAGCUUUUCGACAUGGUUCAGAGAGGCUUCCAGCUGGUGGACAAGGUAAUCAUGUGGAUGGUCGAAGGCCUGGGGGAGCUACUGGGCCAAGCACUACAAGGCGUGUCGUGGCUGCUGGGCUUGCAGGACGCCGUGGCAGUGGUUGGAGACAUCGUCAACAGCGAGAUCGCCCUGCAGUGUGAAACGACAAUGGAUCGAACACUGGAUGCACUCAUUGCCGAGCAGGCCAAUCCCAUGACCGUCUUUGGUGUCAAGGGCACGGUGAUGUUCGAAGCCCUCCCGAACAUUGCCGCCCGGUCCUUGGGCACGCUGGUACGCUACCUCCUGCGAAAGCUAGGAGACAAAGUUGUGGAGCCUCUGGCUUUCCAACUGGUUGGUGGAAUCCAGGCAGCCAUGGGCGCUGCCGAAAACGGUGUUGACGGACUCUGUGGGCUGAUCCCAGUCGCAGGUGGCAUUGUCUGCUCCAUCCUUACAGCAUUCGUGGCCGCGGCCCAGAAGUUCGUGAGUCCUAUAACGAUGAACUUCAUCAUCGACGUAGCGCAGAGGGUGUUUGACUUGAUUGCCAGGGGAAUCGAAGAAAUCCUGCGGGUCAUGUUGCAGACAGGAGGACUUAUCCUGGAUGCCAUCGUGGGCGGCCGGUCCGUGGACUUUGCCGCAGACAUUGCCACGAAGCUUGUCGAGUCCUUCAAAGACGAGUUUGCUUGGAUUGGAAUCGUCCUCUACGGCCCAGUCAUGUUUACCAUCGAGACGGCUUUCAAAAGCAUUGUCACCUUCUUCAUGACAGUCGCAGAUGAGGUGUUUCCAGGCCUCAAGACCAAGCUUCAAGACUGUGAGCAGCGUGCUACUCAGUUGCAGCUCACCUGGCGCAGCGCAAAGCUGGGUGCUUGA